AUUCGUUUGUACAGUAGUGUAGUUAUAAAAUGUUUAUUCCAAUCUCUUGAUUAAAAAAAACUGGAUAAUCGUAUAUAACCCAAAUAAUUUCUAGAAUGGAUGAUCAAUGGCUGAUUGCAGCCAUUUAUUAUAUCGUCAAGGGCGUCUACUUCCUCUACACACAGUGUGUUGGAGUUCCAAUUUAUGUGACUUUCCACAUCCUGUUGUUGCCAUUAAGAUUUCUGCAUCCUCGUCUCUUCUGGAACAUAGAUGCUCACUUAUUUAAGGCAGUUCUUGGCGGUGUGACGUCAUGGUUUUACACCGAUGGAAUUGUCUUGAAAGAAUCUGGUGAUUCUUUGAAAGACAUAUUAGAUGACAGGGCUCUAUUGCUUUGUAAUCACCAAUCUACUGCUGAUAUUGGAGUCAUCAUGCAGUCACUGCACCCAAAAGGCAUGGUAACGGGUCACAUGACCUGGGUCAUGGAUCACGUGUUUCGGCUAACUCACUUUGGAUGGGUCAGUCGUUUACAUGGAGACUUCUUUCUCAAGCAACCUUGCAGGACUGUAUCUGAAAGAACCAAACAAAUGAACAAACUCAAAUCACAUUUGAAAACUAUUUACUUAACAACUCUGAAGAAAUGGAUAGUGUUGUUUCCUGAGGGAGGGUUCCUCUCCACUAGAAAACCAGGAAACCAAAGGUAUGCAAAGAAACAUGGCUUGCCUAUGCUUGAAAACGUUUGUCUGCCUCGACUGGGGGUAACAAAAACCAUACUAGACGAAUUAGCACCAAAGGAAGACCCCUGCAAUUUCAAAGAUAAUUCUGAAAGGUUAAACUGGAUCAUCGAUAUGACCAUUGCUUAUCCAAAAGGAGAAGCACCGAACGCCCUGAUUCUGAUGUUCUCCAUGGGAAAAUUCCCGCCCAUACACAUACACUAUCGUGUCUUCAAUAUUCAAAACGUCCCUAGAGACGAAAAUGGACUCACAAAAUGGAUGUACGACAGAUACGUCGAAAAAGAAGCCAUGUUGGACCAUUUCUAUAACACGGGAGUUUUUGCUAAAGAUGGAAAGGAAACUGUGGACACAGACAAACUAGGCAGCUUCAUUUAUGUGAUCUUUUACUCUCUUUGGAUGUGGUGGUUGGCCCUAUACGUUUAUGCCCCUAUAUUUUCCUUAUUAAGUUGGAAAUUGAUUUUUAUCAUUAUGUUUUGCUAUGUUUUGUAUUUUACUUAUGACUUUAUAAAGUACUUUAGAGAUUUUGCACCCUAAAUUUUGCUGUGCAAAAGAUGCAGAUCAACAUAUUGUCCAUUCUAAUUUUUAAAAACCGGUAAGCUACA